GUGUAUCUUUCCGCACUAGAACAAAGUCUCCAAUUUACAACAUCCAGUCCAGGGCCGAUCUGCUAAUCUUUCUUCUCAAUCGAAAAACAAAACAGCGCAAGAGAAAUGGUGAAGGUGUUGACAUACUUUGGGAUGACAUUGGCUGCUUUCGCCUUCUGGCAAUCUAUGGACAAAGUUCAUGUCUGGAUCGCUCUUCAUCAAGACGAGAAGCAAGAGAGAAUGGAGAAGGAAGCGGAGGUUAAGCGGGUUAGAGCAGAGCUGCUGCGGAAAGCUAGAGAGGAGGAUCCUCUUGCCUGAUCAUCCUUCUUCUUCUUCUUCUUCAGUCAUGUUUUUGGCUCUUAUCAAACUUGUCUCAUGACAUUAUUUUUUCACCGUUAUGGACCAAAAUGGAGUUUGCAUAAAACGACAGUACCAUAUAUGCUUUUGAAUGUGGGAUGAUCAUGAAUAAUAACUUCCUCUUUGUUGUU